AUGCAUUCCAAUACGCUCACUUCAACGCUUCUACUUGCAUUGCUCGCCGAGGCUAGCUCUGCAAGGAGUCUAAACACAGUCAUUGAGGCUUCAUCCGUUGCCGGCGCCGUUGCUUCAGAUGCUUACCCCCCUUCUAGUACACACGUCAACUCGAAAUUAUUCCCGCCAGAGUCCAAAGUAGGAUAUCCCGGCCCUACGCCCACGGGAGAAGAGCCCGCUGCUAUUGAAACUGCCCCCAUCUAUCCUUAUAAUCAUGGGCCUUCAGACAGCUUCCCGCUUGUUGCAGCGCAGCCUUGGGGAGCGAGCAAAUUCGACAGGAAAAUCGACAUUACGAAAUACUGGGGCAAUCUUUCUCCUUGGUACUCUGUUUCCUCUGCGGACUACGGCCUUCCUGAUGCGAGUCCCCUGAUCCCCGAUGGCUGCAACAUUGUCCAGCUUCACCUUCUCUACCGCCACGGUGCCCGAUAUCCCACCAGCGGCGCCGCUCCAGCUACAUUUGCCCAAAAAGUCCACAACGCGACUCAAGCAAAAGGAUUCAACGUCACUGGAGAGCUAUCCUUCUUUUCCGACUGGACUUAUAAGCUCGGCGCAGAGUUGCUGACUCCCUUUGGCCGCAGCCAAAACUUCAAUCUAGGAGUGGCCUAUCGCCAGUUAUAUGGCCACCUUCUGAACAACUUCACUGCCACCAACACGAUUCCCGUCUUCCGCACUGAAUCCCAGGACCGCAUGGUCAAGACUGCUGAAAACUUUGCCGCUGGCUUCUUUGGAGUGCCUGAGUACUUGGACCAAGUCAACAUUGAGAUUCUUGUCGAGUCCCCUGGCCUUAACAACUCGGGUGCUCCUUAUGAAGUAUGCAACAACUCUAACAUCGCAAGCCGCGGAAGCAUUGGAUCUACGGUGGCAACGGAAUUUGCUUUAAAUGCCUUUAACAGCACCAUUGCUCGUUUGCAGUCUCAAGUCUUUGGCCUGAACCUGACGGCUACCGAUGCCAUUGCCAUGCUUCAACUAUGCUCUUACGAAACUCAUGCCCUAGGAUACUCGGCUUUCUGUAACCUCUUCACUGAAGAAGACUUCCUAAACUACGAAUACUACUAUGAUCUAUCCUUCUACUAUAACAACGGCCCCGGUUCUCCAGUUGCCGCUGCCCAAGGCAAAGGCUACCUCCAGGAAUUCGUCGCUCGUUUCACGCACUCAUUCCCUGCUGCUGACUCCGCCUUGAACAUCACUUACGACGACAACAAGACAUAUUUCCCAUUGAACCAGUCCAUCUAUGCCGAUGCAACCCAUGAGGUCGUCGUUCUCGACACUCUGACUGCGUUCAAUCUGACUGCACUAUUCCAAGGCCCGCCAUUGAGUCUGUCCGGCAACCAGAAGCGAAACUCUUUUGUCGCAAGCAAAAUCGUGCCCUUUGCCACUCAUUUCACCACCCAGAUUUUGGAAUGCCCCGCGUAUAAGCCUACUCGACAGAUCCGAUUCCUAGUUAAUGACGCCGUUGUUCCCAUCUCAGAUUAUCAUGGAUGCCCAAAGAAUGCCGAUGGACUUUGCUCUUUCGACCACGUCGUAUCAAUCCUCCAGAAGCGGAUUGACGAGAUUGACUUUGACUAUGACUGCUUCGCUAACUACACGGCAAAGGCAGGAGUUGAUUACAACGGCCGGGCUCCCAGAAAGUGA